GAGCAACCCAGCUGCCCUCUUCCCCAUGUGGCAUUUUAAAAAUUUGUCACUGAUAAUAGAUUCAGAGCUGAAAAGCAACCUUUGAGGCCAUUGAGCCCAACCCUUUCCCCCAUCUUGCAGAUGAGAAACAUGAGGUACAGAUAGGUUAAAUGAUUUGCCAACUAAUAAGUGUCUGUCUGAAACAAGAUUUGAAUUCAGAACUUUUUGGUUCUAAGGUCAGUGCUCUAGUCCCAGAAUCACACAGCUGUUAUUACAUUGGACUUGAGAUCAGAAGGACCCAUGUUCAAAUUCUGCCUCAUUCAUCGACUUAGGUGUGUGACCUUGGGCAAGUUACUUAACAAUCUCUUUCAGCCUCAGUUUCCUUAUCUGUAAAAUGAGGAUAAUAAUAACAUCUCCUCUACUGGGUCCUUGUGGUCAUCCAAUGUGGUAACAUAUGGAAAGCACUUAUCAAAAUGCUAACUUAUUAUCAUACCACUUUGUGAUACCUGUAUAUAUCUGUGUGCGUAGGGAGAGAGGAUGAACCCCCUGUGUGGACAGGGACUCACAUUUGGCAAAGUCUGUCACAUGACUCCAAAGGAGGCAGCACAAACUGUCUAGCCUCUUCUCCUCCCACCCUUCUCCAAGGGAGAUUUUCAUUCAUUCAUUCAUUCAUUCAUUCAUUCAUUCAUUCUUUCCAACAGGAAGUUGGGACCAGAGGCUUCUGUCCACAGAUAGAGGCGAGAGGCAAGGGGCAGUACCAAGCUAGAAGUCCAUAUCUCCGUGCCUUUAAAGAUUAUUAGUCUGGGGAAAUAACUGAAGAACGGAGGGCCUUGCUUUCUUCCUUUAUAAAAUGAUGGAUUUGGACUAGGACAUCUCUAGGGAUGGCUUUCUUGUGGAAGGGAGGGGAGGACCUUAUUAGGAAGACGGAAUCUGACCAAAUUACCUUUGACAUUAAAUGAUAUUUCUUUAGUGAUUAAAAAAAACAAAAACAAACCCUUACCUUCCAUCUAAGAACCAACAUUGAUUCUAAGGUGGAAGAGUAGUAAGAGUGAGGCAAUGGAGGUUAAGUGACUUACCCAGGGUCACACAGCUAGGAAGUGCCCAGGGUUAGAUCUGAACCCAGGACCUCUCAUUUCUAGGUUUGGCUCUCAAACCACUGAGCCACCUAGCUGUCCUCUCUAUAAUACUUUAAGGUUGGUGAACACUUAAUGGAUCUCAUUUGCUCAUUAUGACAACCCUGAAAAGUAUGAGUUACAUCCUUGGAGGGUGCCAGGAUAGAUAGAUGUCCAGUAUGUGGGAAUCUAGGAGAAGAGUCCUGCCUAGAGUUAGUGUUGGCUUAUCUAAGCCACAUACUGGCCCUGGCAGUGUCCCUCACUUUUCACUCUUUAUUUAAUAGAAACCUGAGGCUGAGAGUGAUUAAAUGACUUACUCAAGGUCACACAGCUAGCAACUAACUUAUAGGAGGCAGAAUUGAAAUUCAAGAUGUCCUGAUAUUAAGUCCAAUACCCUAUGCCACCUCAAUUAUCUCAUUUGGCCAUUGUUGUUAUUCAGUCAUUUAAGUUGUGUCCAACUCUUUGUGACCUCAUUUGAGGUUUUUUUCAGCAAAGAUACUAGAAUGGUUUGCCAUUUCCUUUUCCAGCUCAUUUGACAGAUGGGGAAACUGAGGCAACAAGUGACUCACCCAGGAGUCAUGAAGCUAGUAUGUGUUUGAGGCCAGAUAUGAACUCAUGAAGAUGAUUUUUCUUGACUUCUGGCUCUUAUUCCUGACUUUGUUUGACCUGAAGUUCUACAAACUCAGGGACUUCUUCACGAUAUAAAUGAUGUUGGAUUGGAUCACGAAGAAUGGCAAAGGUUUUGCAGGUUUUUAUGUGGCACAAAAUGAGAGAUUGGCUUUGAUAACUUCUAAGAUCCCUUUCAGCUCCAAAUCUGUGAGAUGAUUCAUGAGGCUGGGUUGCAAAGACACUUGAGAGACUAGAGAGUAAGGAUUUUUCUGCAGGAAACUGACCAGAUCUGAGAAUUAGAGUUGGAGAAGAUCGUAGAAACAAAGUCCAAUCCCCCACUUUAUUUUAUUUUUAAAAACCCUUACCUUCUGAUUUAAAAUGGACACAAAGAAUCAGCUCCAAGGCAGAAGGGCGGUAAGGGCUGGGCUACUGGGGUUGUGUGACUCGCCCAGAGUCACACAGCUAGGAAGUGUCUGAGGCCAAAUUUCAACUUCGGUCCUCCAGACAUAGUACUCUAUUCACAAUGGUAACCAGUGGCCCCAUAAAUAUUCUUCUCUUAUUUUUAUUUCUAAAAAAAAAUUACCUUCUGUCUUAGAAUUGAUAUUAAGUAUGGAUUCCAUGGUAGAAGAGCAUUAUGGGCUAGGCAACUGGGAUUAAGUGAUUUGUCCAGGGUCACAUAGCUAGGAAGUGUCUGAAGCCAGAUUUGAUCCCAGGACCUCCCAUCUCCAGCUUUGGCUCUCUGUCCAUGGAGCCACCCAGCUGCCCCCAAUUCCCUUAUUUUAAAGGUGAGGAAACUGAGGCUCACAAAAAUGGGAUGAUGUGCUUAAUGUAGUUAAUGAAAAGGUGGGAUUUAUACUGAGGUCUUCUGACUCCAAAGCAAGGGCUCUGUCCACUGUGCAGCUGGGUGAACCUAUUGGAUGGCAAGGAUAGAGGCUAUGUGCCAUAGUGGAAAGUGCAUUGGAUUUGUGGUUAGAAGAGCUGAGUUCAAAUCCUAUCUCUGAUAUUAACUUUGUGAUCUAGGGCUUCCCCUCUCUGGGUCUCAUCUUCUUCCUUUGUGAAAUGAGAUGGUUGGAGUAGAUGAUCUCUAAGGUCCUUUUCAAAUAUAAGUUUAUAUCCCAUUAUAUAAUGAGGACACUACUACUACAGUUAAGUCAUCAAAUCCUUAUUAAAGAUCUUAUUGUAUUCUAUAGACCAGGAAAAAAAGUAGAAAACAGCCUAUGAAUGGAAAGAGUAUUGAACUUUAAAUUCUCUUUUUUAUCAUCAUCAUCAUCUUCUUCUUUUUCUUCUUUUACUCCUCCUCCUUCCUUCUUCCUCUUCCUCUCCUCCUCCUUUUCUUCUAUUAUUAUAUUUUCCUUUUUCUUUUCUUUCUUUUCUAUGAAUAUUUUUCUUCUAUUAUUAUAGUCUUCUUAGAACAGCAUGCAAGUGGGAACUCCUCUACUGAGAAAAGGAACCAACCAGUUACAGAGCUUGCUUACUUUUUAUUGCUUCAAAAUCAGCUAAGCUCAGGGGGAUGGGUAGAACCUUGAGUUCCUGGAGUAGGUCUGGGGACUGCCAGGGAAUGGUUGUUUUAUCUGGAAAAUGCCUGAGGAACAUUCCUGCUCCUGGUCCAUACAAGGAUUGCUUUAUCUGCAAAAGUCGCUAAGGCUCCUCCAGUCCAGGUUCACUUGGAAGUCAAGAAGUUUACCAAUUGGUGGGUUUCUCAAGCUUGGCUUCUAAUCGCAAAGCAUUAUUGUUAUGUCAAAGUUCUGUGGGAUGGAAGCUCUUUUCAUUUUCAUAGAAUUAAAGAGGACUCUACUGGUUUGAGCUGGGUGACAGGAAAGAUAUCGUGGAGAGAAAUAAGUCAGUUUAUUUCUAACAGGAUAAAGGAGCUCAGAAAUAUUACUUGGAGGGGCAGCUGAGUGGCUCAGUGGAUUGAGAGCCAGGUCUAGAGACGAAGGUCCUGGGUUCAAAUCUAGCCUCAAACACUUCCCAGCUGUGGGCUUGACCCUGGGCAAGUCACUUGACCUCCAUUGCCCAGCCCUGACCACUCUUCUGCCUUGGAACCAAUACUUAGUAUUGAAUUUAAGGCGGAAGGUGAGGGUUUAAAAAUAUUGCUUGGGUUGAUAUGGAUUUGGGAGCACUGGAUAGAGCCAGGAGAAUCAUUAACUGUCACGUAGGUGUUGAGUUAUGGGAUGGCAGGAGACCAAAGAUGAGUGGAUGGUGAGAGAGGAGAGGAGAGGAGAGGAAAGGACUGCACCAACCCAGUGAAACGCUUAGGUUAAGGGGUCUGUGGGGAAAGGAGACGUGGAAGAAGAGAGAGGAGGAGCAGUGAGGGAAGGGGGUGGAGAAGCAGAAGGGAGCAGGGGCAUGGAAAUCAAGGGGGGAGAAAAGGCUGGAGAGUGCUAAAGCGCAAUUUCAGCAGCGUCCCAGGAAGCCAGACUGUAGCUGGCGGGGCUCGGUUGGCGAGUCGGUCGAUAAACAUUUAUCUGUAAAAUAGAGAUCACAAAGCACCUCCUUCAAAGGGUGAUGGAACAAAUGAGCCGCCUUCUCCUCCCGCCCCAACACGUACAGCUCUGCGAACUUCAGAGCCCUCUUCUAAGUGCUCUCUGUUAAGCAGCCAGGCACUGGGCGUUGGGCUGGGAGUCUGGAAGAUGAGUUUAGAGCCCGCCUCAGUUCCUUUGUCCCUUGGCUCUGGGACCCCAGCACAGCAUCUGCAGAACGAGGACGAAAAGGGCGCCUCAGGGCACGGGAUGCUGUGAGGAUCACGUGGGAGACUUUCCCGCAAGUGCUCUGCAAACUUAGAGUGCUCUGGAAGCGCAGCUGUUAUUGCUGAAGGGAGAGGGGGGGCGGAGAGGCCGUCGGGUUGGCGGUGCAAGGUAGAGGAGGGAGAGGGAGUCCCACUGCCCUCCGAGCUCCUUCCUCACCUCUGACUCCAUCCCCCUAGCCAAUGCCCUUCCACGCCUCCCAGCUCCAGCCUUUGGAGUGAGGACCCCGGGCGGGGUCUCCCUCUCAUUUGAGGUCUCUGCCUGGAUCCCAGCCAUUGCCACCCUUCCCGUUCCAGAGGCGGGGCAGGGUGAGGCUGAGCAGGGAUAAAAGCCAAGACGGGGGAGGAGGCAGCUCAGUCGCCCAAGGCUGAGGGAGAGAAGAGGAGAGAGCCUUGCUGGGGAAGAGAGGACCCCCGAAGGGAACUCAAGGCGGACCCCAGCCAUGGCCAGGCUGCUCCACUCAGUGCUCGCCUCCCCAGGAGGAGAACCAAUCCCUCGACCUCCCAUGGAUGCCUCAGAGGCAGGUCGUGCCCCUGUGCCAAGCACCAGACGUCGGAAACGCACCACAUUCAGCCGUGGUCAGCUGCUGGAACUAGAGAGAGUGUUUGCGGCUCGUCCUUACCCAGACAUUGGUACCCGAGAGCGGUUGGCACGCCUCACCCGUCUUCCAGAAGCCAAAAUCCAGGUUUGGUUUCAGAACCGCCGGGCCAGAAGAAUCAAGAGCAGGAAGCCUGAAGGGCUGAGCUCCUGGAACAAGGAUCCCCAAGGAACUCUCCCACCUACCAAUAACCCUCUUCAUCCCCAGGAUCCCGAGAGUUGGGGACAUGCCUCACCACAUGACGACCCCAAAUCAGGCCGGUUGUCCUUCUGCCCAGCUCCCGGUUUGGCCCCUGGGCAUAGUGGGGGAAGGGUCAAGGUAUUGGGUCCUGGGGGAGUAGGUCCAGCUGGGGGGAUGUCCAAGCCUCCAGGGCCACUCCACCGAUGGGAACGUGGGACCACCCAGACCUCUCUAGGCAGCCUUUCUGAUCUCAUCUAUAAUGCAGCCGUUGUCACCAACCUGGAGGACAAUUAACCAGGGGCCUGUGGAUCUUUCUUCUUGCCCCAGUUUAGGAUGAACUCUUUUUUCCUUGCCUCCAUGGAAACUCUCCAUAUCAAUAGUCAGUUUCCUGCUCAGCCCUCUCCCCUAGAAAAGUGUCUUGAGGGGAAGGUUUGGUCCUGGGUCCCCCCCCCCCUUCCCAUGACCUCUGAGCCCCAGUAAGGAGAGCUGGGCUAACAGGUUGCAUGGGGAGGUCCAGGGGCUAAAGAUGCCUGCCUGGGUAGGUCCAGGGCUAACCCCUUAAGGAUGGAAGACAGACUAGGUGAUCCACAUGAUGUCAGCCUCCUAAAUGCAUUGCCUAGAGCCAGAGCACAGACUUUAGUGGAACUAUGCUCCAUCAGGAUCACCUAGGGACCUCAGAAUCUAGCAGAACCCAGACACCAUGGAGAACAUAUGCCUAUUUUCCCUGCAGCAAGACAGUUGUGGGUGAGAGAUCCCUUUGGGAGGGAUUGGGUGGUCUUUUCUGACACCACUUCUGUUCCCAAGUUCCUCAACUCUCCAGCCAGGUUAACCUCCCUGGGUCACUCUCCCCCAUGCUUCCAUGACUUCCUUCAGCUAAUUUUCUCCCUCUGGAGGCAGAUGUCCACUUCCCUCUCACCCCAUCCCUGGCAUUACUUAAAAUCCAAAUAUAAGCAGAGAGCUAGGCAAUUAGAAAGCUCCCGUCAGCCCUGGGCUUUUUAGCUGGCAGUGACAACAGCUGGUCCAUUGAUGCUGUGGUCCAGUUUACAGAGGGUUAAUUUCCUCUACCCACCCUUCCUCCCUCACACAAUAAAUUAAUCUGGUCCAUGGCACUUCUGUGACCAGAGGGAGAAAUAUCAUUUUUCCUGCAGAGGGAAUAUUAUUAAAGUAAUAAAGAGAAAUCCGGGGCCCUGAGCUUAUCUGGAUUUGAAUUAGAAGUGCUCUGACCCCAGCCUCCAAAGCCUACCUGAUACCAGAGAAUGCUGUCCAUAAGGGGGUGCUGGCUGGGGAGGGCAGAGAGCUUCAGGGCAUCCAUCAUCUGUAAUACCAACUAAUCUCCCAAAUAAAACCAAACCCCUCUACCUUAA